GUGGAGGCAGGGGCAAAAGAGGAACAUCAGCACCGAGCUCCCCAGGUGCCUGGCCUCCUGCCCCGACUUGACUUGGUGACAAACCAGAAACUGAAACUUAGUCUCAGGAUUCCCAGUUUACAGUCAGAGAUGAGUCACUGCUAAGAGCAACUGCAGUAGCUGAGAAGUGGCACACGAGAGGCAGACGUGAGCUGAGGGCAGAGGAAGCAAGCAGUGCGUCUGAGGGUUCCGUGGAGCAUGGCGCGUGGUUUUGAGGUGGUGGCCAUGGACUGCGAGAUGGUGGGGCUGGGGCCCAGCCGGGAGAGCGGCCUGGCUCGCUGUAGCCUUGUGGAUGCCCACGGUGUGGUGAUCUAUGACAAGUUCAUCCGGCCCGAGGGCGAGAUCACCGACUACAGAACCCCGGUCAGCGGGGUCAGGCCUCAGCACAUGCAGGGGGCCACGCCCUUCGCCGUGGCCAGGCUGGAGAUCCUGCAGCUCCUGAAGGGCAAGCUGGUGGUGGGCCAUGACCUGAAGCACGACUUCAAGGUGCUGAAAGAGGACAUGAGCAGGUACAACAUCUACGACACGUCCACUGACAUGCUGCUGAGGCACCAGGCCCACCUGGACCACUGCAGGCGGGUCUCCCUCCGGGUGCUGAGCGAGCGCCUCCUCAAGAGGCGCAUCCAGGUGCGUGUCUACUCUCCCCUCCCAGGCUGGGCCACCUGGGGCUGCCUCGGCCAGGAGUACCUAGCAGGGUACCCGGCGAGGCAUUACUCAGCCGUCCGGUCCUCUAAGAAACCCCAGUGGCCCCAGGGCAAAUAUUUGGCCCCAAAGAUGCACUCACUAUCUUCCCCAUACUUCUGGGAGGCUGAGUUCUUGUGAGAGAGAGGGUUGUAUUUGGGCUCCCCCAGAAACAGACCCCGAGACAAGGAUCUGAGUGAAA